AAAUCAGAGAGAAGCGAUUUGUGCUGAGGGUCUGCUGUGCAACAGAAGAACACUGCCGGAUUUCAGCAGCAAGAGCUGCCAACCAAGACCGUCGUUCAGGACACAGCAAAGAUUGGAGCAAACAGGGCACCCUGCUAGCGGCAGAACCCACGCCAUGAAGCUGCCUUCCAGCAUCCUUUUUCUUGGGUGUUGGCUGACCAGGCAGUGGCAAAUGUCCAGAGGAUACUAUCGCAAGCCCUCAAUUUCGGUGAUUCCCAGUCCUAAUGUCGCCCUUGGAGGGAAUUUCUACAUCCAAUGUGGGAGUGGAUAUUACAAAGGAGGCACCUUUGAUCUCUUCAAGGGAGAGUCUGCAUUGCAUGUGCGAUCUGAGACAACUCUGUAUUAUACAGUGGAUUUUUUCAUUUCUGAGGCCAAACUAGAACAUGGAGGAAUGUAUCAGUGUAGGUAUUGCUUCGAUAGCACAUGCUCACAUCUAAGUGACAGACUUUACAUCAACGUAACAGCUUCUCCCAAACCUUCCAUCUCAGUGAGCCCAGGUGAGGUGAUUUCUCUGGAAGGAAAUGCCAGCAUCCACUGUAAGACUGAAGAACAGCAAGAAGUAGAAUUUACUCUACACAUAGAAAAUUCUUCAUAUACUUAUGAAAGCAAGAAGAUGGGAUCGGGUGAAGUUCUAUUUCCCAUUAUCAAUGCCAAAGAAUCAGAUGGGGGCAUCUAUCGCUGUAGCUACUGCUUAAAGUUCGAGAAAAAUCAAGCAUGCUCAAACUACAGUGAUGAAGUACACAUCAAAGUAACAGGUGGACAUUCAAUAGCCGGACAUUCAAUAGCCAUGUGGGCGGGCAUUGCUGCCGGCCUUUUCCUUUCGGUCCUCCUCCUGCUGAUCCUUGCUUUUGUAUUGUCCAGGAAAAGGAAAAAGGGUUCCGUGGCCAAAGAAAGAACCCGGCCAGCAAACAUACCCUUGCAGUCUGAGCCUGAAGAAGACCCUGAUGGAGUUUCCUAUGCUGUACUGAGCCACAGUUCAUUGAAUACCAAACCAGCACCCGAUGCUGACGGGAUCCCUGAGACCUGUGAUUAUGCAACAGUGGCCCAUCACAGAGCCAAGGAGGGCCAAUAAGCAGGACCGCUUACAAUGCAGAGACUUCUGGGACCUUGGCUUAUCCCUGAGUGUUAUGGAAAUUUAGCUUUUUUCUAGCUUCCAUGACAUGGGAGACGAGUUUCAUAAUGUAGACUUAUUCAUGAGUGUAGGAAAAGGGGAAGAGAAAGAGAAAGACAGACAAAGAGAGCUUUUGACCAGCAAGAAGCCGAGAGAGAGAGAGAGAGAGAGAGAGAGAGAGAGAGAGAGAGAGAGAGAGAGAGAGAGAGAGAGAGAAAAUAUCUCUCCUCUCCCUGCAGGCUAUUUUUUAUUAUAAUCAAGGUGGCAACCCAAAAUUCAAACGCUCCAAUAAAAUCCUAGUACAGUGAAUAAUUAAUAAAGAGUAUCCUGAAAUCCUACCCCCUUCCAACGUCUCCCUUAUCAACACUACAAAGGAUUCCUGAGAGGCAGGAAGGAAAACCAGGGAACAGGUUUACCACCUCUAGGAUCUACAUCAAAGGCUUGUUUACAGAAAGAAAAGAGGAAUGCCAGAUGCCCUUUUGGCCAGAUCAUGUGAGACAAAUGCUUACACAAAUGGCUUGUGCCUGUUUACCACAAACCACGAAUUAUUAAGCAUUGACCAUGUUGCGGACCCUGCAGAAUUGUAUACCAGAACUCAUGUAUCAAACUGGUUUAGGUAAGAGCACCCUACUCAACCAGAUUCAUCAAUCCAGGAAUAUCCUGCUCGAUUAACCACUGACCAGAUUAUUUCAUGAAUUCCUUUAUCAAAUCCACAGGGAUGCUACAAUUUUCAACAAUACAACAUAAAGUAACAGAACAAGAAAAACACAAUACAUACACAACAUAACAAUAUAUCAACAUUACAACAGAAACAAAAAUAUUCCCAAUCAAUCUUAUAUCACAUAUCUUUGUCGACUUCCUCCAUUCCCUCCCAACCACGUUUCUAUAUAUCACUUCCUUAAUACUUUCCAAAUCUUGAUUCAAAUCUUUUUAAUAAUUAUUUAAACCUGUUAAUACACUUAAUACCUUAUCAAUACAAUAAAGCUCUUAUCUUAAAAUAUAAAUCUAUUCUAAUUAAAUCUUUAAAAUUCCAUACCAUGAUAACACUUAACUAAAUCUUAAUACACUAUACAUUUAACUAACACUCUUCUGCAACUUCCUUUUACUUCCAAAUCUGUAGCUAAAUACUGCUAAUCUUACAAUUCUUCUCUAAAUAUACUUUAAAUUUCUUCCAAUUUUCUUCCACCGAUUUUUCCCCCUGGUCCCGGAGUCUCCCAGCCAGCUCGGACAGUUCCAUGAAUUCUAUCAGCUUCAUCUGCCAAUCGUCCACCGUAGGUAUAUCUUCAGUUUUCAUGGAAAGAAACUGUUGCUCCCAGCUACGAACUGGGCAGUCCAUACAUAAUGAAUUUAAGCGGAUUUUAAAGUUAAUGGACUAUGCAGAGAUGGCAAAGCUGAUGGCAAAAGUAAGAGAUACAAAAGAUGGGAACUUUUUGUCGGAGAGCGGAGGUUCUUUUCGGACUAUCUGAGAAAAAGCUAUAGCCCAAUGAAAUCACGAGCAGGAUUUGGAUAAUAGGCAAGGGAAGGUGAAUAAAUAAAUGAUGGUAAUAUGUUAUAAUACAAUAGAAAAAUAAAAGGCCGGUCAAAAUGUAAGAAAUUAUUAUAUUGAAAGUGAAUUGAAUAACGUCAA